AUGUCUACAGGUAUCAAAACGGAUUCCUUAUUUGAAGCUGCUCGUGGUAUAUCACUUAUUUCUGGAGAAGGUGGUCUUACUCCGCAGCAACAAGAGGAAGAAGAUAAUAUAUGCCCAUCUCUUACCUUUGAACAGCGUCUUAUUGGAUUUUGUGUUUGUUUUGCCCUUGGAUUCCUCUUCUCUAUCUUUGCAUGGGUCGCCAUCUUUUCUCUUGAUUUCAAUACAUUUGCUGUUAUUAACACUUUGGCGAAUAUUACUUCUAUUGGAAGUACAUUAUUCCUUUGUGGACCCAUGACACAAUUAAAACGUAUGUUUGAUUCUACUCGUUUGAUUGCUACUAUUGUGUAUCUCUCAGCAAUGGUGUUAACAUUUGUGGUGGCUCUUGCUUUACAUAACCCAUGGUUAACCAUUAUUACUGUAAUUGUGCAAUAUUUAGCAAUGGUGUGGUAUUGUCUCAGUUAUAUUCCCUUUGCACGUACGGCCAUCCUGCGAUUUGUGGGGCUUUCUUAA